AUGGAUGCGGACCAACAAAUCCGUUCAGCUGUGGCUAACAUCAAUGACGAGCUCCAUAGAAUUCUCGCUCUUACAGAUGUGCGGAAUUUGGACUCUAACAACGAGCAAUUCCGCAGCCUGUUGAUCAAGGAGUUCAACAAGAAGCUAAGAGAAUUAAAAGACAAGGUGAGAGAUCUCACUGCUGAAAAUAAGCAGCUCAAGAAGAAAAUAGCUGUCUACGAGCAAAAUUCACCCACAAAAGCUCGUCCUACCAAAUCAGAAGGAGCCAUUCCGAAUCUUCAAUACGUUUCACCAAAGAGAAAGAAACAAAAAACGGGUCAAGACGACGAACAAGUAUUGAUUCUUUCAAGCCCUGUGAAAGGGCCUUCGCAAAACUCCGGAAAUAACAUCACAAGCUCUCAAUUCAACCGAUUGCCCACGCAAUACUCAGACAGCGAACUGCCGAAUAAAAACUCGUCUCCAACAAAGAAAGUGACAAAGGAGGCACCCAAAGUGCUCUUUGCUGAGGAAAAUGACCGAGUUGUGGCUGAUUCAGAAGACGAAUUCGAAACUCUAGACGAAAAAGUCGGUGUGCCACUGCACUACACAUCUCUACAACGAGUUGGGUUUCUACGAAAGUACUACAGAAUGCGGCUAGACGACCGCAAGUUCAACGUUGAGUUGUCCAAAAAUCCCAUCACCGAAAAACCGUGGGCGCAGGACGAUUUCAGACCAAAUGGGCAGUGGCAGAGACCUAAAACCGGCGAACCUCGAGUAAUGACAAAAGCACAGGAGAAAAACUUGCAGAACUUCUUUAUCCAGGCAGGCAGCGGCGCCAAGUCGAACGGGCCCGUUUGGGAUUCAGAUGUCAAAAGCCAGGAGGAGCUCAGCCGGUCUCAGAUCAUGGACAAGUACCUGUCACCUCCGGGAUUCAUGGUGGGCAGUUUUCCAACCACACAGGAGCAAGAAGAACGAAAAGCCGAGGUGAAGAGAAAAGAGGAGGAAAGAAUAAGACGCCGUUUGGCCAGUGCCUUGGCCAGACCGCCUGGCGAGUUUCUCUUUUACGAGGAUGUCCUCAACCAGUAUGUUGCAAGAGGGCAGUACACCACCAAGAAGGGGUAA